GUGUCAAUGACCGGUUGUUGGUUGACUUGACCGGCGCGCGGCAGAUAUUACUUUCGUCGUCCUUUGUUCCUAUUUUGUUAGACAAUCGUAAUAAAAAUAAUACACUUGAUUGAGUUUUGCUAAAUUGAUUCCCUAUGAGCAAGUCAAAGGUGUCUGCGGAAUGGAAAAAGCGCGUGAAGUCGGAAUAUAUGAGGCUUCGGCAAAUGAAGCGCUUCAAGCGCGCGGACGAGGUGAAGGUGGCAUGGGCUCGCAAUUUGCGGAUCAUGUCGGAGGCGAUAGAGUCCCGGGAGCAUGACGCGGCGGAGGGCGGGCGAAAGCCCUUCUGGCCGCCCCCGGCGACCAGCUGUAGCCACGAGAGCUUGAUGAAGCGUGCUGAAGUGUCCUACACUGACGCUUCAGGCGUUGUAACAACACAGCAAGUUCCAAUACGCAUCAUCAACUCAGUGAAUCCGAUCCCGACUAUGUACACAUGGGCCCCGACACAGAAGAACUUCAUGGUAGAAGACGAGACAGUGCUCCAUAACAUUCCGUACAUGGGGGACGAGGUUCUCGACCAGGACGGUACAUUCAUCGAGGAACUCAUAAAGAACUACGACGGGAAAGUGCAUGGUGACAAAGAAGGCGGGUUCAUAGAUGACCAGCUGUUCGUUGACCUUGUGCAUGCGCUGAUGUCCUUCCAGACUAAGGAUGAAGUGGCAGAGGAAAGACGCGAGCGGGAAGCACGGCACUCCAAGGAUGAUAGAGAUAAAGAAGCAUCAAAAGACAAAGAGCAGAAAGACAAAGAAAAGGAUAAGGAAGACAGCAAGGAGGGUGAGAAGAAGUUGAUCCAUGAGAAGCAGUUCCCCAUCUUCAUCAUCUUCCAGGCUAUAAGCUCACAGUUCCCGGACAAGGGCACUGCCCAGGAGCUGCGGGAAAAGUACAUCGAGCUAACGUCCCGCAGCGACCCCAACGCGCUGCCCCCCGAGUGCACGCCCAACAUCGACGGCCCGCUGGCGGAGUCCGUGUCGCGGGAGCAGACCAUGCACUCCUUCCACACGCUCUUCUGCCGCCGCUGCUUCAAAUACGACUGCUUUCUACAUCGGCUUCAAGCGUGCCACCCACGGCCCAACCUCACCAAGCGCAAGGGGCCCGACCUGAAGGCCUUCUCCGAGCCCUGUGGUAACAACUGCUACAUGCUUUUGGAAGGCAUGCGCGAGAAGCUGGCGCGAGAGGCAGCGGCCGGCGAGGAGGACAAGAACAAGACACACGCCAUGGACUCGCCCAACGACGCCUCCUCCGAGGACAGCAACGACAGCAACCGCUUCCAGAAAGGCAGCAACAGCAACUCGAGCAACAGCAACUGGAGCAGCAAUGGCUGCCAUCGCAAGGACGCCGCCGACACGCCCACAGAGCACACUUAUAAUGCUUUAGGGCUGACGCUGGGCGACAUAGACUCGGAGUGGACGGGCUCGGACCAGUCCCUGUUUAGAGCUCUGCACAAGGUGUUCCCCUCCAACUACUGCGCCAUCGCGCAACUCAUGCUCUCCAAGACUUGCCAACAGGUUUACACAUACUGGAUCCACACCGGACAGGAGGAGUGCGGCGUGGAAACAGAGCUGACCCCGCCGCGGAAGAAGAAGAAGAAGCAUCGCCUCUGGUCCGUCCACUGCCGCAAGAUACAGCUCAAGAAGGACAACAACUCGCACCACGUGUACAACUACACGCCGUGCGACCACACCAACCAGCCGUGCGACAACAUGUGCCCCUGUCUGCAGUCGCAGAACUUCUGCGAGAAAUUCUGCCAGUGCAGCAGUGACUGCCAGAACCGGUUCCCGGGCUGCCGCUGCAAGGCGUCGUGCAACACCAAGCAGUGCCCGUGCUACCUGGGCGUGCGCGAGUGCGACCCCGACCUGUGCACGGCGUGCGGCGCCGACGCGCCCGACGCGCGCGACGCCCGCGACGUCCGCGACCUCCGCGACGCGCGCAACACGCAGUGCUGCAAGAAUGUCUCCGUGCAGAGGGGGCUGCACAAGCACCUGCUGCUCGCGCCGAGCGACGUGGCCGGCUGGGGCAUAUUCCUGAAAGAGGCGGCCCACAAGAACGAGUUCAUCUCCGAGUACUGCGGGGAAAUCAUUUCGCAGGAUGAGGCCGACAGGCGCGGGAAGGUGUACGACAAGUACAUGUGCUCGUUCCUCUUCAAUCUCAAUAAUGAUUUCGUAGUAGACGCGACGCGUAAGGGCAACAAGAUUAGGUUCGCGAACCACUCGAUCAACCCGAACUGCUACGCCAAGGUGAUGAUGGUGAACGGCGACCACCGCAUCGGCAUCUUCGCCAAGCGCGCCAUCCAACCGGGGGAGGAGCUGUUCUUCGACUACAGAUACGGACCAACUGAACAACUGAAGUUCGUCGGCAUCGAGAGGGAAAUGGAAUUCUUAUGAGAGCAAACCAAACAAUGAUGUGAUCCGAACCCAUAUGGGGCGGUGUGAGACUUUAAACUCGAAAUAAACUGCCAGAACUGGUAUAUUUAUGGUUGAUUUUGUGUGAAUCUGCCAGUCCUUAGAUAAUAAAGACAUCUGUGCCUUUCAUUAUAAAAUCUUUCCGCAUUUUUUUAUUGUUUUUACACGUUCUGUGAAAUAGGCUACAAAUCAGAAUGUACUUUAUAUCGCAUCGUUAGUUGUGAACUGAUAGUGUUAUCUUCAAGAUAUCAGACUUGGACUAUGUUGUUAAAAUGAACUGAAUUUUUACUUUAUAAUUUUUAUAAUAAAAUCAGUGAAGGAAUUA